AUGGAAGUUUCGGCUAGUAAAGAGAAUAUAAGUAUGCCUCCAGACCCAGAAGAUAAUAAGGUCAUUCAAUGUGUAAGUAAUUGUCAGGACAAAGGCUUUCAUGAUGAUCAAACUAGGGAAGCAGUUGGAAGUGAGGACGUGGAGGUUAAUAUAAUAGACUGUACAAAUCCCAGUAACAAUGAGCAAAUUGAAGCUAGAUAUGAGGAUUUGACUGAGAGCAUGAGUUCUUUUGGGGACACGGAAUCUGAUACCAAGAAUGGUUCUUCUGCGUUCAGUGAUACUGAAGUUGAGUCACAGUUAUUUGUUGAAGGUGGACCAACAUCUAUAUUUGAUGGCUAUGGCGGAGCAUUUCAAAUGAGGAGGAAAAAGUUGACAGAUCACUGGAGGAGAUUUAUACGUCCUCUUAUGUGGAGAUGUAAGUGGGUAGAAUUGCAAAUUAAGGAAUUUCAGUCCCAAGCACUUAAGUAUGACAGAGAAAUUGCAGAACAUGGACGGAGAAAACAGUUUGAUCUUGAAACAUUUAUGGCAGAAGGUUUUCCUGUGAAGUCACUGCCAUUUUCUACUUGUACGACUAGAAAGAAAGCAAUGAAGAGAAAGAAAAGAAAGAGAUUUGAAGAGACUGCAGAUGUAGCAUCAUAUAUGUUACAACAUAACCUCUUCUCCUAUUAUGAAAAUAAGAAGUCUGCUACUGAUGGUGCUUCUAUUGAUGAUGGGUGCGGUAACCCUGCUAAGACAAUUUCUGACCAUGAUGAGUUUGGGUUUCAAGAUGGAUUGGCGUCUCUUCAGUCCAGAGAUAACAUCAGCGAACAUAUCCUUAGACAGAUUGAGGUGCUAAAAUUGCAAGUCCAUAAAUUGAAGGGCCGGGUAGACAAAGUAGCUCAUGAAAAUCCUGUGAAAUUCUCUUCUGUCAAUGUGCUGAGCUUACUUGCAUCAUCCAAUCCAUCAAACAGUUCUGAUCGAAAUCCAGCUUCAGUUCCCAAAAAUGGAGAUACAAUGUCUGUUAGAUUGCUAGACAUGGUAUCUCAGCGCAUGCCUGGGUGUAACAUUGGAGAUCUUAUGCCUGAAACUGCAGUUUCAAGUCAAGGAGAGGCGACCUCUCGGUCUGAUAUGAUUGAAUGCCCAGGCCUACCUCAGGGUGGGGUUUCAUGUGGAAAUGCUGAGAAAGAAAUUCUUCUACGUAAUGCUGCAGUGAAAGAGGAGAUAGGAAACUUCAAAAAUUUUGACAGUGGACUAACAGAGAAGCCUUGGGGAGUAAUGGAAAAGCAAACAAUCCAAGCUUCAGAACCUGACCUGCCAGAAGAGAUGCUAGUGGCACGUGUGCGUUUUGGUGGGAAAUCACUUCCUAAAUCCAGGUCCAAUGUUUCCAAUAACAAGAGAAAGCGGGGGAGGAGAAAAUAA